AUGGCCAUCGGCGCCGGCAGUUUCGGCACCGCGGCCGACACACCAGCCACGAGUCCCACGGCGACGCCAAGCCCGCGGCGGAAGACCCCGAGGUCGUUCUUCCUCGCCGGCAAAGAAAGCAGGGGCUUGAUAGUGUGCCCCGAGAGAGACAAGAUGGGCGUCGAGAUCCCAUGCCCCCCAAACGUCUUCUGCCUGCCGCCCUAUGCCACGUGCGAGGGUGCCAAGUACGUGCUGAGGGACUGGAUCCCCCCGCGCGAGCGGGCACAGUGCAACGCGUGCAAGUGCUCGGGACCAAGGAUUCCGUGGCCGGAAACGAUGGAACCCAUCCCCGAGGGGCAGGAGUGGUCGCCAGAUCAGGUCGGGGCGUCGCAGGCUGCGGCAGAUUGCUAG